GGCAAUCGCUAGCUGGACCGGCACCAGCCGACCAAUCGGAGCCCUCAGAAUUAAAAGUUAAUUCUGACGGUCGCCGCCUCAGCGCAGCAGUCGCCAUCUCUAUGAGAGAAUCGACCAGUCUCCUCUCACCGAGUUGCACCUCAGUUGUUGUCAGCCUCUCGUGUGUUUUGGACGCGUCCUUUCCGACGCUCUCGCAAUCAAGAAACAACAUUUACUCUGAAAACAAUCACACAUCGUAGAUCGACGAUCACUUGAACAUUAAUUGCGUCGAGUUCAAUCCAACGAGUGUCAACAGCCGGUGGAGAUAAAAUUACUAUGGGAAUAUUUCGUGAAUUUCCAAUAGUUUUCAAUGUUUAUAAGAAAUACAGUUAAACGCGAGGAGUUCGAGGCAUUGUUUUGGUGGUUAUCGAACCUGUGAUCGAGUGGAGAUCGCCCUACGAGAAACCAUCGGAAAUAUAUUUCAAGAAGUGAUAACUCAAACAAAUCCACAAAAAUCAGGGAAAAACUGAAGUCAAGAAAUAGAAGAUAACCGAUUCCGAUUACUGCAGUGAUAAAUAAUAGCAGAAAUCAUGGAGGCUAGCAGAAUUUUAUCCAAACCAACGCUAGUUCGUCGUGUUUCUGAUCUCUUCAAAGACAGCAACACAAGUGGUUCACAGCUGUUCAGGCACCCAUCGAUGCAGAAGCUGCGCCACUGCUGCCAGAAUCUCAAUCUCUUCCCCUAUCUCCUGUACUCACUGGGAGAUGUUAAGAACACAACUCAAAAAUUGACGAUUAAUCAGUUGAUGACAAAGUUCACAGACCGUCUCUUCGAGUUGUACUUGAAUAUUCGUUUGAUAGUGCACACAAAACUUCAACCAGUGCCAUCAAAGGCAUCGCCAGAGGCAAAAGAGGAAGUCAAAAAAUUCACAAAAUUUGAGAGACAGAAGAGAAAACGAAAUUCCCUACUCCUGAUUACAGCUGUUUAUCUGGCACCACUGGUUCUCGUAUUUCAACUCGUUGGCAUUUUAUCGUUACUCGUAUUCGGUAAAUACACACCGGGCUUUAUUUUUCUACUCUCGGCCCUUCUUUUUCUCGGUUAUAUAUCUAUGAAAGUGCUGUUUCACGAUAAUGACAAUCAAAGAUACAGAAAACCAACGAAACGAAAAGUCGAUUAAACAUUGUAAUCCAUAAUCAUUCGUUAUUAUUCAUUAUUGUUAGACCUCACUUUGAUAGUAGGACUGUUUAUCUAUUGGUUAAUUAAUCCUUUCAAUCACUAUGACAAGUCAAUAUGAUUAAUGCAAUAAUUUAAACAAGGUAAUUCAUUAACAGCUGAAGCAAUGACUGGCGAUUUAAGUGUAAUCGAAAAUGCAGCCCAUAAAAUUUGAACUUUUAGGGAAUAAUUUUUAUUCUGAGUAAUCAAUUGAAUUUAUAUUAAUUAUACUUUUGAUACUACAUUUGGGUGAUUGCUCCUAUUGACUUGUCUGGGUGAGAUGGAUUAUCCAUGAGAUUAACAGCCAUGAAAUCCCCAUUUUUUUACAUAUUUAUCAUUUCGUUUGCAUUUUCCAUCCCUCACUCCAUUUUAUCGGUAAUAAUUUGCUCACACGAACACUUGAAGUCGUUCGUGCUUAUUUGAUCGUUAAUUUUGACUAUUCCAGACUAAGAAUUAGUCAUUACGAUCAACAGACUAUUUUCACUGCAUCAAUUACUAUCGGUUAUAAUGAAUUAGGGUUUAUACUUAAUGGUGACAUCGUCACAGCUUCAUACCAUCUCUUUCAUUUGUUUAUGUUUUUGCUCCUGUAUGUUGUCUGUUUAGAGUGAGGAGAGAUUGAGUCAGUGAAAUUAAUCUACGAAUUUAAAUAAUACGAAUGUUGAAUAUACAGCAAUAAGACUGAAUAUUAAAUAUUACUGUGUAGUGUGAAAAUGUUUUUUUGUAAAUAUCUGAGGUACAUGAGGUGGUUUAAAUACAUUCGAAUAGUUCCUAAA